ACCAACAAGUAGUGCUGGGUGUGGUUGCAACCUCCAAAAAAUGCACUUGCCAGUCCAGUUUUGUUGUAACGAUGGCGCCGCGUGUUUGCACACCGACAAUCUCCUCGUCAACCCCGUCCGUGAGCACCGCUCUGUCCAGCGACACUCCGGAAUGGCUCGACAUGCCGGCCAUCGGCCAGUUCAAGGUUUGGCAAGUUGUGUCUGGGGUUACUGCUGCCUUUGCUUUUAUCGUAAUUUUUUUAUGCUGCUGCGUGCGUUUUCGAAUUCCGCGCACCAAGGAAGAAAUCGAAGCUGAUUACGUUCGCAAGAAAAUCGCUAGAAAGUUUCGUCGUCACCUUCGGCUCAUCCAAAACGCAGAUAUGGACGAGAUGGACCUGAAAAGGGCGCUCGAUCGAGUCAGGGCAGAGUUCAAGUCGGACACGGAGAGCGUGGCGCAGUCCGAGGCAAUUUCAAUAGGAUCCGUCAGCUCAGCUCGGUCCGCCACUUACAGAAAAGCCAGCGACCUUCUGGCAGGAAUGACUAUCGAAGACAUUCCGCGAGAGCGAACCAUUGGGACAAAGCUGGCGGAUUUUGUUGAGGCUGCACUGAUCACGCUCAGGAUGCGGAAAAGAUCGGCGAUGGUACCUGAGGAUAGCAACUUGACAGAAACUGUCGUGGCAUGAAAUUAUUUUAAUUUAAAAAAAAACAAUAAUUUUAACCUUUGGUUGUUUCUAAUUUGUGAUUAAUUUUUUUUUAAAUCUGAAUAGCAAUAGUUAAUUUUUUAGAAGAUAAAUUUAUUUUCUUGAUAAGUUUUUACUAGUGGUUUUUUGUUGAAAGUCUGCUCUUUAUUGUGUAUAUUGCUAGGUGUAACAAUAAUUUGUGCGCCUCGUGGCUGAAAAAUAAUUUUGAAAAAUGAUCGAUUCAAAAAUCAAAUUUUCUUUUAGGAAGUUAUUAUUUUCAAAUAAUAAGUAAAACAAUUAAAAAGAUUAUUAUUUAUUUUACAUUAAACCAUUCAAAUAAACUCUUCAAUAAAAGUUUAAUUCAAAUUUUUCAUACUUUAUUUGUAAAUGUUUGACAAAGGUGUAAAUUUCAAUUGACUAGAAUGAAUAGGAAUUGUGUAAAAUCUAAAUUCUAC